GCCGGCCUAGAGCGAAAAGCUGACAAACAUGAGCAGUGCACAGGAUCGCCGAGCAUCGUUUGCACGACGUGCUGAAAGUUUAAUGGAGAAGCGCUAUGCAGUUAAUACGGAGAAAAGUGGUGAAAUCAUCGUCACAGUACAGGGCGAUCUUUCACAACAGGAAAAGCGUGCCGUCUUCCUUACCGUGCAUGAUUUGGGCACAAACCAUUCUUCGUUCGAGGAGUUCGUCAACAGUGCGUGCAUGAUUGAAAUCAAAGAACGGUCGUGCUUCAUUCACAUUGAUGUACCCGGCCACGCGGAUAAUGCGCCCAAUUUGGCCGACUCGUUCCAGUUCCCUUCGCUGCAGCUGUUGGGUGAAGAGUUGAUCACGGUGCUGGACUUUCUGCACGUUAAGUACGUGAUCGGUAUCGGCGAGGGUGCGGGUGCAAACGUACUGGCCCGUUUCGGUCUCGCGCAUCCAUCCCGCUGCCUCGGGCUUAUACUGAUCAACGUUACCGGUUCGGCUGCAUCCGUGCUGGACGUGUUUAAGACGAAGUUUAUCUCGUGGAAGGGAGACGAAGUUGGUCAAUCGGCCGAGGACUUCCUGCUGUAUCACAAGUUUGGCUACCAACUGGUCGGUGACAAUCCGGACAAGGAGAAGAUUGUGUCCGAGUUCCAGAGCCGCUUGCACAGCUCGCUGAACAGCAAAAAUCUAAAGCAAUACGUCAAAGCAUUUAUGUCGCGCAAAGAUCUACCGCUGAAGAACUGUAAGGUAGAUUUGUUGCUGAUUACCGGUAUUAUGAGCCCAUACGCUAGCGUCGUCGAGAAGCUGUACAAGGAUCUGAACAAGGAAAAGGUCACUCUGCUUAAGGUCGAACGAGCUGGUGACGUGUUGGCUGAUGCUCCCGCUAAAGUGGCACAAUCGAUUCUGUUGUUCUGCAAGGGCCAGGGUCUGCUAACCUCGGUCGCUAUGCCCGGUGUUGAUCGGAACCGUGCGUUCUCAACCAGCUCCGGCGGUUCUACCGAAGGAUCAACCGGUGCGAGACGUUUGUCCCGUGGAAUGUCUAUGGAGGACUACGAUAAGCCCAACAUUCGACGACUAAGUGUAACGAUCAACGAACAGUUGCCACCGAUUAAGAAAUAGAACGAGCUGGCACGGUCGGGUAAUGCCGACGCAGAAAUAGACGAAGAGGAGCAGGAUGAA